AUUAUUCUUUUUUAGUGUACCUUCCAUUUAUUACCUUUGUCUUUUGCCUCCAUUCCCUUCUCCAUCCACUAAAUACUCUUUGCCUUGCUCCUCAUCCUCCAUUACUUUUUGUCACUGAAUUUGCAGCUCUCUCUCUCUCUCUCUCUCUCUCUGCCUCCGUCCAAUUAGGGUUUUCCCAUUGAGGGCUAAACUUAACAAAUCUGUAAUGCUCACAUCUUUGGUUUGUUAAGGUUACUUUUAUCUUGGAAGGACGAACAGCUCUUGAAAUAGCUCUUGCAAGAAAAAAGGUACUUCCCUUUUUAUUCAUUUGAUCAAAGGAUCACUUAGAUCACAAACAGUUGAAAAUGGCUUCAUCCAGCUCCUACAAUUCUCCCUGUGCUGCCUGCAAGUUCUUGAGGAGAAAAUGCAUGCCAGGUUGCAUCUUUGCACCUUAUUUCCCACCAGAGGAGCCCCAAAAAUUUUCCAAUGUCCACAAGAUCUUUGGUGCAAGCAAUGUGACUAAGCUCCUCAAUGAGCUUCUCCCUCACCAAAGAGAGGAUGCAGUGAACUCUCUUGCCUAUGAGGCUGAGGCAAGAAUAAGGGACCCAGUUUAUGGCUGCGUUGGUGCUAUCUCAUUUCUUCAGAGACAAGUCCAACGGCUCCAAAAGGAACUUGAUUCAGCUAAUGCUGAUAUAAUACGCUUUGCUUGCAAUGACAUUCCAACAUCCUUGCCUCCACCACCACCCCAUGGGAUUGUCAAUAACCCAGUUCAACCAAUGCCUCCUCGAGCAGCAAGGCCAGUUGAGUUUAGUAGAAGAAUUGGUAAUGAAGCAGGAGGGACAUUUUAUCAAACACCUUCUUUCCCUCUUUCUUAUCCUCUUCCAUGGAAUGAUAACCCUUCUGGGGAUAUGAAUGAAGGAGGAGGAGAAGGACAUAUGUGAACUAAGAGUUAAGACUCUCACAAAUGGGGAAUUCCCAUUUAGGGUUUUCUCUCUUUAGGGGCAUCAUGACCUGAAGAAGUACCCUCUAGGUAUGGUGUUAUAUAUUUUUAGUUUGGUUUUCUAGCUAGUGGCACAUGGAGUAAGUACUCUCCUAGCUAGAUCACUUAAGUGUUUCUUAUAUAUAUUUUCCUAGUUAUUUAUUUGGUGGGCUAUAAAACCAAGAACUUAAGUAUUAAGCACCCUAGCUUUAUGGGUGUUCCAGUGUGGGAUUUGGAACCUAAAUAAGACUGUACAACAUAGAGACAGUGUGGCUAUGAAUUAGAUCUCUUAUUGUGUCAUUAUAAGUUCAA